GUGGGUGUCAAUGUGCAUGUGAUUUGAAUGUUUGUGAAACUCCCCGCAACACAAGGGAUUAAAUUCUGCGGAUGUUGUUUUUUUUAAUGAAGCAAUCUUCAUUAAAAUGUUAACACUAAAUAAUAGUUCUAGUCAUGUAAUUUAACUACACAAAGAUAUAGGAGCUAUGACAAACAAAGAUACUAAAAUCAUAAAUUAAAACACACAAAAUGUCGAUGGACAUAUACAAACGUAAACACUCCUUAUAUAUAGCGAUUUAUUCCACCGGCUCAUCCAUUAUACUUGACUUAAAAUGUAAGCACUACAGUACACUCGUAUCAUCUAAAGUUCACACGCGUGCCGAAGACAAGAAACGAAAAAUCUUUAAUAAUACUAGUGAAGUUUUGUGCGUGUAAAAUGUUAGGUUUGGAUGCAGUUUCCUUGUCUACAGGUUUUAUGAAGGAAAGUAAAACUUUGUUGAAAGUGAGAUUGUGGUUUUAUGCGUUCUCGUACAUACAUUUGGUGACUGUUGCGACUACAUUGUUAACCAUCGAUUUUGGGGCGUACAAUGAUCCCGAUAUUCAAAUGUAUCAGAAGAUCAGAUUUAAAUUGAUCACUGCUUGGUUUAAUCUGUUUACUUUGGUAUAUUUCCCGAUAUGUUUCUACUGCGACUGGCGCGAACUGAGAGGGCAACAUGAGAGGAAUCACGUCAAACUUCUGAAUCAUGUUAGGUACUUGUGUUUCACAAGCAUCCUUCUGCCGACCACCGCUUUCGGUGAUAUUCUGUUCUGGCGAGUAUGGAAUACUCAUCAAGAGCUGAUAGCACCGCCCAGCAUUCACAAAGUAGUGCCAUUUUGGUCGCAGCACUGCAUGCAUACAGUUUCUUUGGUCAUCAUCCUGUUAGACCUAGUGAUGGUACGAAGAGAGAGGCCGAAAAAUAAUAUGAUAAAUGUUGGGAUAUUGACGACAUUUUUGGUCGUUUAUUCGAUUGUGUGCAUCCUAAGUUUUCUACAAGGAGAAAUAAUAUACCCUGGUUUAAAACUUUUUACGGGAUUAAAAUUUCCUGUAUUGAUAACGUAUGUGUUUGUUGAGAACUUCUUCUAUUAUACGAGCCAAUAGCUGGUCGUAGACAUGGUAUGGGGUCAAGGAAACUUGAAGAAAGUUGUCUAAGUGCAGUUACAAAAACUGUAAAAAUGGUACAAUUAGGUUUAAAGUUAGUUCUAAGGUACUUGUAAAUUAUGUAAAUCUGUUACGGUGACAUGAAUUUUUAUGCUGGAUAAAACUAAAAAAAAUACUAUUAAAUAGAUAAGUGCCAUUCCACCCAUACAUACCAUUUUUAGAUUUU